CUCUCCUCCCCUUCCUUUUCCGCGAACUACACUUCCCGUGCUCCUUCCGGGGGAGGUGCAUUUUUAUGAAGUCACCCUCUUUCCCCUCCACCACCCCCCCUUUCCCUCUUUCCCACUCCUCCGGUGUAUGUGUGCGAUGUGUGGCGGAGGCGCCGACCCAAAGGACUGGAGGCUGGCGUUGGAGGAAAUAAUGAAAAAAGCGUGCCGGGGCUCUUGAUCAGAGAAGUGGGAAAUUGAGAUAAAGGCACUAACUAGGCUCAUGUUUUCGCCUGAUCAAGAAAAUCAUCCGUCAAAAGCACCAGUGAAAUACGGUGAACUGAUCGUCUUAGGAUACAAUGGCUCCCUUCCAAAUGGAGACAGAGGAAGAAGAAAAAGCAGAUUUGCUUUAUUCAAAAGGCCCAAAGCCAACGGGGUGAAACCAAGCACUGUACAUAUUGCCUGCACGCCCCAGGCAGCAAAGGCAAUAAGUAACAAGGACCAGCAUAGUAUAUCCUACACCUUGUCUCGAGUUCAAACGGUGGUGGUUGAAUACACACAUGACAGCAAUACGGAUAUGUUUCAGAUUGGCCGAUCCACAGAAAGCCCAAUCGAUUUCGUCGUGACCGAUACUGUUCCCGGAAGCCAAAGCAAUUCGGAGACUCAGUCCGUGCAAAGCACCAUCUCGAGGUUCGCCUGCAGGAUCAUCUGUGAACGCAACCCGCCUUUCACGGCGAGGAUCUACGCUGCUGGAUUUGACUCCUCCAAGAACAUUUUUCUAGGGGAGAAAGCAGCUAAGUGGAAGACCUCCGACGGGCAAAUGGACGGGCUGACCACCAACGGAGUCCUCGUCAUGCACCCGCGGAACGGGUUCACUGAAGACUCCAAGCCAGGGGUGUGGAGGGAGAUAUCUGUCUGCGGGAAUGUCUUCAGCCUCCGCGAAACAAGAUCGGCUCAGCAGAGGGGCAAAAUGGUUGAAAACGAAACCAACCAACUCCAAGAUGGCUCACUGAUCGACCUGUGUGGCGCCACCUUGCUGUGGCGCACGGCGGAAGGUCUUUCCCGCACUCCGACGGUGAAACACCUGGAAGCUCUGCGACAGGAAAUCAACGCAGCCAGGCCUCAGUGCCCGGUGGGGUUUAACACGCUAGCUUUUCCCAGCAUGAAGAGGAAAGAUGUCGUCGAUGAAAAGCAGCCCUGGGUUUACCUGAACUGUGGCCACGUCCACGGCUACCAUAACUGGGGGAACAAAGAAGAGAGAGACGGGAAAGAUCGAGAAUGUCCCAUGUGCCGAUCGGUCGGCCCUUAUGUGCCUCUCUGGCUUGGGUGUGAAGCUGGGUUUUAUGUGGAUGCGGGGCCUCCCACUCAUGCGUUCAGCCCCUGUGGACACGUCUGCUCGGAAAAGACAACGGCCUAUUGGUCCCAAAUCCCUCUUCCGCACGGGACCCACACUUUUCACGCAGCCUGCCCAUUCUGCGCGCAUCAGCUUUCUGGCGAACAAGGCUACAUCAGACUUAUCUUCCAAGGACCUCUUGACUAACACACGUGAUUUGCCCUGGGACACCCUCUAAACUCAUAAACAUAAGCUAAAGGAUUCUGAAUUCAAACAGACUGUCAUCUUAAAUCAACUAUAUUUCAUUCUCUGGGCUUUGGCAGUUCACUUUGAGAUGAAGAAUACCUUUUUGUUCCUUUCCUUUCCUCCCCUUCUUUUGUAAUUUCAGCGCUUAAACUCCUUUGUAGAUAAUGGAAGACGUUUCUCUGUGAAGAAGAAAGCCAUGGAGGCGAGUUGGGGAGUGUCCGGAAGCUGUCCUUGCCCGUCCCUUUUUUUGUGUGACGGGAAAGAUUUAAAAUCCUUUGCCUUCAGUGUAAUGUUUUGAAGAACAUGCCUUCGAUAUCUAAAAAGUCGUCUCCUUUUUUUUCUAAAAGUGUAUAAUGAAGGGUAAAAGUGAUCAGUUCAAAAGGACAUUGAUUUUACAGUUUUGGAUGCAGCCUCUGUGUAAAAUAGAGCGUUAUGUAUAGUAAAACACCCUUUUUUCCCUAUUUAUCUUUACUAUGAAAAAAAAAAAUUAUCCUAGACGAGUUGGAUAGACUAGCGUGGUAGUGGAUGUGUAGAUUAGCUCUGGAUCCGGGAGAGGGUAGGAGAAGGGGGAACUGGUAGGCUGACUUUUUUCAAGAGUCUGAAACAAGAUUAAGUUGAUAGGGAAAAGAAAUGUUUUUGAGCAGAACCGAUGCAAGUGACAUUGACGUGCUGUUUUUCUUUUUCUACCCAAAAAGUGCUUAACCACAUGUCAGGUAAUCCAAGUAAAGAUUUUUUUCUUCCUUCCUUUUCUUUUCUUUUUUCCCUUCCUCCCUCUUUCUCUGUCUCGUCUAACUGUAAGAAAUGAACUGGUCACAUGAAAUUUACCUGGUAUUGGAAUAUGCAAUUUACCCUCGAUGAAUUUUUUUUUCCCCCUCUCUCUCUGUGUUAACUAUUUGGGGGGGGGGGGGAGUGUUGGGUUUUUUGGCAUUUGCAACAUUGAAAGGGUUUAUGUUUAUUUAAAUAAAACAAAAUAACCAA